GUUGCACUUCCGACGCCGCCAGCAUGCGGUCAGCGGAGUAACUCGACUGGAACGGAAGGGACGCGGUGGACUCCGUAGGUGAGUGUAUCUGGGACGUCGUCAAGGACGCGCUCUCAGUGUGAAGCAGCGCCAGGUCCAGUAUAGCGGCGUCGGCGAGCUUACCCGAUACAUGGCAGCGGUGACGGCGCUGGACUGGAAAUGUUGGCACAGCUCGACUCAUUCUUCCCUCCACCUCCCAUCACGUUGCGCGCGUUUAUGAUGGCGCUGUCUGCUUUCUUGACGCACAUGCAAGCACACACGACGGACGACAGCGUGCGUCGGCGGCUCGCGGGGUUUUGGCGGGCGCUUAUCGAUGCCUCUGCCCGACGCAGGGGUGACGCUCGAGAUGUUGCUGGCGGCAGCAUGGGCGGCGUGUAUAGGGCGCAGGCCGUAAGUUGGCCGAUGCGGUGGUGGACGUGGAAUACGACAGGCCCGCGUUGUUGCGCGCCGGCCUUGGUAGGUUCAUUGCCAGCGCAAUAGUUGCGUAAGUAGUGCGCAGGCGCAGAACGUCGAUGCAAGACAAUACGCAUAUAGAGAGGUUAUGUAUGUAUACGCGUACGUGUUUUCUAACUUCC